AUGUGUUUGAGUCAUGUUACUUGUGGCAGCCUCGUGCCUUCUUUUGAUAUUGAUGGCGACAACGACCUACUACUAGUGGCAACACUGACACUAUUUGCAGUGCUUAUUCCUGAACUUCCAACAUCCAGCUUCCUCACUAGUGGCUGUGACUUUGACAGCAUGCAGAUCAUCAACCUACCUAAUACUCUGUUGAUUCUCGUGCCCGAUCCGGGGGGAAUGUCCACUAUGCUGAUUGAAAUAUGCACAAGGUUCUGCUCCCUUCCCCUAUGUGUGCUUGCCUACUCCAACCUUUGGAAAAUACAACUUCGAUUGAUGGCCUCCUCGAGCACCCUGAAUGCUGAACCUGCUGCUGUCGACCCAGGUUUUCAGGAGGUUCUUGGUCAUGCUAGUCUCCAACCCAACACGAUUAGAACACUAAUGUUGGUCAAACAGCGGCUGUGCCUGGCUUGUAAUGCCAUCAUGUUACCCGCACCGUACCAUCGACAAUAUCGAGUACACUGUAUGGCAUACGGGACGAUAUGGGCAGUACCCGUAUGGCUACCGUACAAUUGUACGGCCGUAACCGUAUACGGUUACGGUGACCAGCCCUAUUAA